GUAGACACCUGACAUGAAAGCUGAAAUUGUCAUCUAUAAUUACAAAGAAGACACGUAGACGUGUACGUAAAGACGGGUUUGAGGAUGUUAAAUCUGUCUUGUAAAGCUCCACCUCUGGACGCGCGCACUGGGGCGGGCUCAAGACGCGUCUACCUGCUUCAGCCCCGUUAUUUAAAAGCCUCUGAGACAGAUGCGCUGUCCACUCUGCAAACACAUUCUGUAAGGAUCAGUCUGAAGUCAAAUCAAAGAACUAAACGGAGAAGAUAUAUAGCUCGUAAGGACAUACUUUCUUGGGAAAAGUUACGGAUAACUUUUUUCUUUAUUCAUCGUUGUGAAUUAUACACUAAACUUAACAGUAACUAUUGAUGGGACACAGAGACGAUUCAAGGAGUCUUCUGCCCGGAACGAAUCAUCACGCCAAAUAAUUGAUGGAGAUUUUGCGAACUGAAAAACCUGGAUGACAACUGCAUUUGUUUUGCACGGGAUAUACUUCUGUUUUGCAGAGGCAGUUUACAGUUAGGCUACAACCCAAAGGCUUUUUACAGCCUGAUGCCAUAUUACCGUUUCAAUAACAUUUUUAUUCUUUUAUUCUUCAGAAAACCAUCUAUGCACUAGUGCUUUUAAGAACCCAGAAACCAGCACAGAUUUAAAGAUAAUGUAGCCUAAUCAUGAACCUUUCAGGGAACCAUGCAGGCAAAAUCGUCCUUAAUAAGAAGAGGGUUCUUCGCUGAAACUAAGAACCACUGAAGAACCUAGCUGUAAGAACCUAUGGCGUGAAGCAGAAGAGAAGAGGGAAAAACACUGGCUUCCAAGUGAUUUUAUAUUUAGAAGUGAAUACACCCUCAUGAUCAUCACAGACUGGAUGUAAAGAUGACAAGUGUCUGGUUUGCUCUGCUGGGCUUGUUGUGGAGCAUUUAUUUGGCAGGUAGUAGUUCUGUACUGGACGGAUCUGAGCUUCAGCCCAACUUCAUACAUCGGAGGUUACGUACUCAGGAGAAGAGAGAGAUGCAGAAAGAGAUCCUGUCCAUACUGGGACUGAACCACAGACCCAGACCACAUCUGAACAGCAGUAAAUAUAAUUCAGCACCCCUCUUCAUGCUGGAUCUGUACAACAGCAUGUCCACUGAAGAGAAGAGCGACGUGGAUCAGUACAGAUCACUGUUCACCACCACACGACCCACUUUAGCUUCACUAGAGUUCCUGCAUGACGCGGAUAUGGUCAUGAGUUUUGUCAAUUUAGUGGAAAAUGACAGAGAGCUGUCACCCCAGAGAAGAAACCAUAACGAGUACAAAUUCAACCUGUCCCAGAUUCCAGAGGGAGAGGCCAUCACAGCCGCAGAAUUCAGGAUCUACAAGGAGUGUGUGACCAGGGCCUUCCGCAAUGAGACAUUCCUACUUAGUGUGUUCCAGGUGGUUGGGGAACAUCCAGACAGGGAUGCCGACCUGUUUCUGCUAGAAUCUCGCAGGUUGUGGGCCGCUGAAGAAGGGUGGUUGGAGUUUGACAUUACAGCAUCUAGUAAUCUCUGGGUGAUGAGUCCACUUCAUAACCUGGGUCUACAGAUCAGUGUGGAGACCAGCAGUGGGUGGAGCAUCAGUCCCAAGGAAGCAGGGUUAGUAGGUCGUUAUGGCGCUUUGGAGAGGCAGCCUUUCAUGGUGGCCUUUUUUAAAGUGAAUGAAGUCCGUAUCCGAACUGGUCGGUCAGUGGGCAGACGACGUCAGACGAACCGCAAUCACUCCAACAGUCCACAGGAGACAUCAAAGGGAUCAGCUCAAACAGGAGAUUACAACAGCAGUGAUCAGAAGACCGCCUGCAGAAAGCAUGAACUGUACGUCAGCUUCAGAGAACUGGGCUGGCAGAACUGGAUUAUUGCACCUGAGGGUUAUGCAGCAAACUACUGUGAUGGAGAAUGCUCUUUUCCGCUAAACGCCCAUAUGAAUGCUACUAAUCAUGCUAUAGUACAGACACUGGUCCAUCUAAUGAAUCCACAGAACGUUCCGAAGCCAUGCUGCGCUCCCACCAAACUGCAUGCAAUCUCCGUGCUCUACUAUGAUGACAACUCCAACGUCAUUCUGAAAAAAUACAAGAACAUGGUGGUGCGCGCAUGCGGCUGCCACUAACACAAGGGACACGUGCCAUCCUGCCCAACUGCUGCACCGCAGAGACAAAGACAUAUGUUUGCGAGGACUGAUAAAACAAAAAAAAAGCAAGCAUUAUGAACAAAUUUGAGAGAAUGUCUUGACGGUGGAACCAGGUUUGCUGCUUCUCAUCUUUACACACAUUGCCAUUUGACGACAUUUUGCAUGCUACAAACAGCAAAGAGGAUGUUCAUGUGAAUCUAUAAACAGAAAAUGAACUUGAUGCCUUCAGUCUAAAACAAAGACACAACGAAAAUGUAAAUGAUGAGCUAAAAUGCUGUUUAAAAAUGUGUCUCUUACCAAAUAUUUAAAGGGGUUGCAUCAUACGUUAUAAUUUCAUUUUCUGAGGUUCACUUGUUACAAAACAGUCAAAUCAAUUCUUCAUGACUAUUUUCCAUCUUCACUCUGACCCUUGGAAUUUAAAUGGGAUACGUUUUUGCUGCUGUGCAUGUAUCUUUCUGAUGUUUUAAAAGUUCCAGAAAUACAGAACAAAUUUUUUUUGCAACUUUCAGGAACUUCCUCCCUAAUAUAAAUAGACGAUUUGAGUUCUGAAAGUUACAGUAGCUCUUUUAUUUCAAAAGAAACUUUGAUUCCUCAUGAUAUGACUUAUGAAUUACUUUGUCCCAAAGCACAGAAAUCAGAGCAGGAUAUUUCUACUGCUUUGUGUGUUUUUGAUGAAGUCACUUAAACCCACAGGACUCUAUUUUGGGUCUCAAAAACUCAAAUUAUUUUAAGUUUCUCAAUAUUUGCUCUGCACUACCUGUGGUUUGCAUCAGUGAGUCAGAGCGAGUGGUUACACAUUUCAACAGAACUCAAAGAACGGAACUAUUAUACUGCUGUCCCAAGUAUGGAACUGUUAUUUGAUGCUGUCCGACACCAGAAGGUCUAUAAUUUCCCUGCAACACCUGCACCUUGGAUGGCUUACAUCCAAAACUUCCCAUAAGACACGAGGACCUACAAAUUAUUUAAGGUUUUUCAGCAACAAAAUUGUGUUCUUUGCCAAUGUCCUUACAUGAGCUGAAGAUUUUCCACCAUCUCAUGUCUAUUUAUUGUCAAACUUUAUAUAUAUAUUUUUCACUGCGAGCCGCUGAAUGGUACAAAAUUCUCUCUGGACAAAGCAUAUAUACUAUAUAUAUAUACAUAUAUGUGUAUGUAUUUAUGUAUGUGUGUGUGUGUCUAUUUUCAUCGUAUCAAUAUCUUUUGUUUUUCCUAGUUUGUAAUUUGGGAAUCGAUAAUUGCUUUCAUUUUUUAAUACCAAUACUGGAAGUAAAUAAUUUGGUUGCGUUUAUAGUUCUGGAACAUCAUUUUUCUUCCACUAAUGUGAAGGGAAUGCUUCAGAAAAUAUGUAAAUUUUAAUUCUGUUUGCACUCCCAUUCAUUUCACUGACACAGGAACCCAACAGACCAACAGGAUCAUGCCAAUCAGCCAAACCUUGACUACUUGGUUCACACUGACAGGGGUCACAUCAUUAGUUGGUAUUGGGUUGUACUAUUGGUUGCCAGUAGGAAUUUUUAAUCCGCUGUACUCAAAUUCCGCCCCAAAAAUUGAAUCUGAGGGUAGCAAAGGCAGUAAAAAUUUUCCAAACAUUGUCAACUUUUUACAAUUCAUAUCCCUACUUAUGUCACAUACCUCCCACAAACUGCUGUUUACAUGUAUCAACCAUAUUUGGAUGCUUGUGUGUAAAUACUUGUACAUUUUACAGUUUAUUUAUUGUUCCUUUUAUGACUCAUAUACCACAGGGAUCAUAUAACAAGAGUAAAGAAAAAAAUAAAAACUGCUAUUUUUG